AUGUCUAGUCGAAGUGCAAAACGAAAAUUGUCCUCAGAUGAUGAUAGCAAUGCUCAAUCAACAAGCUCAUCACCAAAAGUCUAUUCAUCCAAUGUUUCGCAUAUAAUCGAAACUUCAAGUGAUUGGUCAUCGAAUAGUGAAUUAAAAGACAGACAUUAUUUUGCUGAUUCACCAAUGUCUACAUUGUAUUCAUCAACAUUAUCUGAUUUAUUACCUUCAUCAUCAUCAUCAUCAGAUGAGGAAUCAACUGAUGGUUCUUCAAUUUAUGUUGCAGGUACUAUCAUUUUAUCAUCGAAUUCAUCACCAGAUCAGAUCUCAACCAGCGUCUCAUUAAAUGACAAUCUUGAUGGUGAUAAAGAUAUUUUACAAGAUUUUCUCACACAAUAG